CCAUUCUCGCCUUGUCCACUUCCACCUAAUAAACAGAGUCGUUUGGAAAAAUCUGCCAGUCUCCAAUGGCGUGGUCGACGAGGUUCCUCACGGCGGUUGCAUUCUUGGCGGCCGGGGUGGUCUUCGCUCCGGAGUUCUUCGGGUCGACGGCGGACUCCCCUGCGGUAGCAGUUUCCCUUGCAAAGCUUGCCCAUCUUCUCUGCUUCGCGACCUCUUUCGGUGCCGCCCUCUGGGUCACCUUCAUCGGUGGCAUCAUCAUGUUUAAGAAUCUACCGAGGCACCAGUUUGGAAACCUUCAGAGCAAGAUGUUCCCAGCAUACUUUACACUUGUUUCAGUGUGCGCUGCUUCUUCACUGGCAGCAUUUGCAUACCUCCAUCCAUGGAAAUUGUCAUCAUCCCUGGAGCGAUACCAACUUGGAUUUCUCCUCUCUUCUCUUGGCUUCAAUCUUUCUAACCUUCUGGUGUUCACUCCCAUGACAGUUGAGAUGAUGAAGAAAAGGCACAAGGUCGAACGCGAUCUGAGCAUCGGUGAGGAGGUCGGAUGGUCAAAGAAUGUGGAGGCUGCAAAAGUGAACCCUAAGCUUGCAGCCAUGAACAAGAAGUUUGGGAUGAUACAUGGCCUUUCCUCUCUUGCAAAUAUUCUUUCCUUUGGCAGCCUUGCAAUGCACUCCUGGUACCUGGCUGGUAAGAUUAAACUGUAGAAAUAUUGAAAGAGAUAAUUUCUUCUCUGAAUUCGUUCUGCAUAUGGUGAAAUGAGAUUUACUGUUUCUGAACGCUGUCAUCUACUAUAAUCAAACCAAAUCUAUGAAACCUUAAUGUCUUUGUUACUUGA